GCGGCCGUGCCACAUCACUCACACACCACAAAAACCCUUCAUUCGCAAAAUAUAAAAACAUAUCAUUUUCUCAGGUAUCAAUUUACCACAUUUCCGUAUUUCAGUAAAUAUUUCUCGUCCAUACGUCCAGCCGAUUUUUCUUCCUUUCUAGGAAAUCUCAUAUCGUCAGUUGCUGAUUGGAGGGCGGAGAGAGCGGUCGUGCGGCGCGUCACACUACACAAGUGUGUGUCGAACGUUCGACUCUUUCGAAUAUCGGAUUUCGGUUUAUGCGAGUGAGGUAUUUUUUUUUUCGAACUGGAUUUUGGUUUAGAGUGUUCUGAAUUUGAAUAUUAAAAGUGUAGUGUGUGUCUGUUUUUUUCUUCCGACGAGUUUGGUCGCCGGUCGUGGGGGGACUUCAAUAGGAUGUAAUAUGUUUGCAAAAAACUUUGGUUGAAAAGCUCCACACUUAUUGGAGUCCUCGUUAAUCAUCUAUGGUUUUUCACUUCUCUGCUUCUUCCACUUGAACUCUGGCGUUCUAAGUACACAAAAAACUAACGAGAUAUGAAGAACUAAAUCCAUGAUCUACCAAGAUGGCGUCGACCGAAGAUGAAUUUAGGAGCAUAUGCCUUAACCUAACCAGUGAGGAGGCUAUGCUUGGAGGCUGUAACUACAGCAGCGAAUACGAAAAUGGAGAACUGUUGGAGAAAGUCGUCUCUAGGGUUGUGCCUAUCUUCUUUGGCUUCAUAGGAAUCGUUGGACUAGUUGGCAAUGCUCUGGUCGUCUUAGUGGUCGCUGCCAACCCUGGCAUGCGCUCCACUACCAACCUGCUCAUCAUUAACUUGGCUGUCGCUGACUUGCUCUUCGUGAUCUUCUGCGUUCCGUUCACUGCUACCGACUAUGUCAUGCCGCGAUGGCCCUUCGGAGACUGGUGGUGCAAGGUUGUCCAGUACUUCAUUGUAGUCACUGCUCAUGCAUCCGUCUACACCCUGGUACUCAUGUCUCUGGAUAGGUUCAUGGCUGUAGUGCACCCCAUAGCUUCCAUGUCUAUCAGAACAGAGAAGAACGCAUUACUUGCAAUAGCCUGCAUAUGGGUGGUGAUAUUAACCACAGCCAUUCCCGUGGGCAUCUGCCACGGGGAACGGGAGUACUCGUACUUCCAUAGAAACCAUUCCUCCUGCGUGUUCCUCGAGGAGCAGGGAUAUAGCAAGCUAGGUUUCCAGAUGUCUUUCUUUUUGUCUUCCUAUGUGAUUCCCUUAGCUUUGAUUAGUGUAUUGUAUAUGUGUAUGCUGACGAGGUUGUGGAAGAGUGCUCCUGGAGGGAGGGUGUCUGCGGAGAGUCGGAGGGGGAGGAAGAAGGUGACGCGAAUGGUUGUGGUCGUGGUGGUGGUGUUCGCAGUGUGCUGGUGCCCAAUACAGAUAAUCCUGUUGGUAAAGGCGCUGGACAAGUACCACAUCACAUACUUCACAGUAACUGCGCAGAUAGUGUCGCAUGUACUAGCCUACAUGAACAGCUGCGUCAACCCCGUGCUGUAUGCCUUCCUCUCUGAGAACUUCAGGGUCGCCUUCAGGAAGUCGAUAAUUGGCGCACCUAGAACAAAGAGGGAGCGAAAAAGAGAGAAUAGCAAAAGUCAUAAUGUGAUGUACUGCCCGCCGCCCUACAAUGACGGCAUGUCAGGCCGGCCCCAGCCCACCAAGACCACCCGUACAGGCAAUGGGAACUCCUGCCAUGACAUCGUCUGAGAUUCAGUGAAAAACAGGUCACGUUUCCAAAGCAAGGACCAAGUGAGCAUAGUGUGAACGUGCCCUAAACCUGAACUAUAUAACCAUGUAGAAAUAUACCCGCGGUGUAAAUAUCCUUGUUAUAAACUAAUCCUGUAUCUAUAAAUGUUAAUGUUAUGUAGAAAAUGUACGUUAUAGAAUUUGUAAUAUCAUAUUUUUUAUAGUCAUUCAUUUCUAAAUGUAAUUUUUAAACCAAUUUUUUUGAUAUCUCUCACAUACUUCUAUAUUCCGAGCCCCAAUAUGGAAGUGAGUACGAUUUAUCGAAAAAUUGUAUAAUGUAAAUAUUAAUUUUAAUUUUUAUAUAAUUAUUAUUCUUAAUAAUUUCUAUAAAAAUUAGAUUGUAAUUAAAAUUUUAGUCAAACUAAAAUGUACCUACGAAUUAGAUAUUAAAGUUUAAUAUGUAAAACAUCGAAUUAUACGAUAGAUUUAAUUUUGUAAAUAAAAAUCAUAAACAUUUUGUAUGUAAUGUAAUACGUUGGAGUAGAAAUAUUUGAAUGUAAUUGCAUUAAAUUAUAUUAUAGUUAUUUAAAUUUGAACCUUGUAACUAAUGAAUAUAAUAGCGAAUAUCUAGCGAAAUUACAGAUAUAGGAUGUUAUGAAUGUAUAUAAAAUAUGAGAGUUACAUAAAUGUUACGUUGUAUUAAUGUUAAGUGAAUUUAUGUAAAACGCUUUAAUAUAAGUUAUGAUUUAAUUAAAUGUUUUGAUAAUAUUU